AUGAAAGCCAAUGCCACUGCCCCUGUGAAGGGGCUCUUCAAAGCUCACAAGAGCUCCUUCAGCCUGGAUUGCCGCGUUGCUUCCAGUGAGUCGCGGAAGGAGGCCUCCGAAAAACAGGCUGAGCUGCAAACAAAGCUCUCAACGCUUCGUGAGGCACUGAAGCAGUUGCAGGCCAAGAGUGCGACUGCGGCGACCGUGGCGAGUGGUACAUGCCAGACUCCGAAUCUCAGAUUCAGUUCAGUGCGUCGGAAUCCUUUGAAUGGGCGCGCAGAGAAGAAGAAGGGCCGGAUGAAAGCAGCGCAUGAAUUUGCAGAACGAGUCAGAGAACACCAUCGUUUGUCUGCUGCCCUGGCCCAAGAGAAAGAGAAGCGCCUAGUGCUUGAGCGGCAGCUGGAAGAUUUGAAGAAACGUUUGGCUGCCAGCUCGGAGGAGAAUGCCCGGCUGAGGGAUGCAGGACGAGGGACGCGGGGGAGAUCUGGUCCAACGUGGCAAUUCGAUGUGGAGGGAUGCUGGUACGCGUGGCCAUCGGAGGCCAAUCAUCAGAUACAUAAAGCUUACUUGGCCUUUCUUCGUGAGCCCGCCCACAAUCGCUUCGCCACCAUCGACUGUGAUAACAUACCUCGCACCAUGGUCGACUUCCAGAGGAUGCAGCACACGAACUGUGAGACCAACAGGGUCCGGGGCCUCCGACUUUCAUUGGGCGUUCCAGAAGCAUGGACCAGUACUCCUGCAGCCUUACUGCAACCUCUUGAGGCACCACCUUGCAGAGAGGUUCGGAACCCUGAUUUAUUGGCCAAAGUGCGUGACAUCCUCCAAUCCACAGGUCAUGCCUGGGACAACUCGCAGGUUUGUUCUUGCAUGCAGACCGCCAGGAUCAAGUCCAUUCAGCGGAUUGAAAACUGGAGCCUUUGGCAGAGGUACAAGGCGAAACGUGCCACCAUGAGGCGCGAGCAUGCCAGCUACGAGGUUUCAGUCACGCCCGCAGCGCUGGAUUUGGAUGCGUUGGGGGAUGACCUUGUCAUGACAGGCAACCAAAGUGCUUUUGACUUUGACGAGGCUUUGAGCCAAGAUGUUGAUGAAAAGAUCUUGUUGCACGGCACAUCCGGGCAGAAUGCCAAUGACAUUGCCAUGAACGGCUUUCGCCAUCAGACCUGCCAUGGUGCCAUGUACGGCGACGGUGUCUACUUUGCAUCUUCAGCGUGCAAGAGCCAUGAGACAACAUGCCAGCAUCAUAAGUCUGCGUGUCGAUGCACGUGUGAGCGAACGUUGAUCAUUGCCCGUGUGGCGCUAGGAGAUGCCUACUAUGCGAGAGAAACCAGGUAUGGUCAAAGCAAAGUGCCCAUCAAGACCGAGAGUGGGGUUGCUUAUGACUCUAUUGUUGUAAAUCCUGGCCGCAUUGCUGGUCACAAUUCAACUCAAAUGCAUCAAGAGUUUGUGAUUGUCGAUGAUGAGCAAGCUUAUCCAUGCUAUGUGGUUCAGUAUGAGUUGUGA